AUGGCCAAUCGAAACAUAGCAAGGCUAAAUGCUAGGCCGGAGAUUGGAGAUGAUUUGGACGUCCAGACAGCUGAUUCAAGCAGAACGGCCGAGAUUGCGGCCAACGCACCGCGAUACCGUCGGAAGAGCUCGACUUUUAUCGAUGCCAUCCACGAUGUCACUGACGACCAGGAUAUGGCCCCGGCCCAGCUCUAUAGCACCAUGUCUGGACGACUCUUCCACUCCGGCAGGAUAGCAAUCGUCAUGGUCGGUCUCCCAGCCAGGGGCAAAACUCACAUCUGUGUCUCUAUGGCACGCUACCUUGCCUGGCUCGGAGUCAAGACUCGCAUUUUCCACCUUGGAGACUAUCGUCGUGCCACCGUUGGCCCUGGCGGCCACGUGCCAGAGGACUAUUUCUUCCCAAACGCCACGCCCUCGUCCGUCAUGCUGCGCCAGAAGAUCCUCAAGAAGUGCCGCGAAGACAUCUAUGCAUGGCUUAACCACGAGAAUGGCCAGGUCGCCAUCUAUGAUGCUGUGAAUCCCACCGCUGCUGGCCGGCGAUCCCUGGCCAAAGAGUUCGCGAAACACGAUGUUCAAACACUGUUCCUCGAAUCGUACGUCAAUGACGAUAAGAUCCUGAGAGAGAAUGCGAGAAAUGUCAAAAUUCACUCCCCUGAUUUCCACGGCAUGGAUCCAGACGAAGCUGCCAAACUCUACCUUCGACGGAUUGAGAUGAAGAUUCCCGUGUUCGAAACGAUGAAUGAGAAUGAGCUUAACUAUGUGAAGAUGAUCAAUGCUGGACAGGGUUUCUUUUACAACAACGUCAGCUUUAACUACCUCUCACAUCGUAUCGUCUUCUACCUCACAAACUUGCACAUAAAAUCCAGAACAACCUUCUUCGUCCGUGCUGGCGCCGCAACCGAGGAAGACUCAUACAAAGCCGAUGGCGGCCUCAGCGAGCCAGGCCAGGCCUACGCUGUCAAGAUGACCGAGACUCUCAUUAAACAUCGCGAGCAAGAACGGCAAGCGGCCAUCGAAGCCGGUGGGACUGACAUUCCCUUGAAGCCCCUGACAGUAUGGACAUCAACCAGACUCCGAACGGUACAGACUUCAAAACCUCUCCAGGAUAAAGGUUACAAAGUCCGCCAGCGGUCCCAGAUGAGCCAGAUCAAUCCUGGCGUCUGCGAAAAGCUCUCUGAGCGAGCCAUCCGUAGCAUAUAUCCCGAUGAGGUGGAGAAGCACGAGCUGGAUCCGUAUCACCAUCGCUAUCCGCGAGCAGAGUCAUACCACGAUCUAGCCGUCCGCCUUGAGCCCAUCAUUCUGGAGCUCGAGCGCGAACAAAACGACCUCCUGAUCAUUGCGCACGAGUCCGUUCUCCGCGUCCUGUAUGCGUACUUGAUGCAUUGCAGCACCACGGACAUCCCCAAGCUCAAGUUUCCCCGCGAUGAGAUUAUCGAGAUCAUUCCGGCGGCGUACCAGAAUGAGGCGAAGCGUAUUCACAUUCCCGGUCUGGAUCCGAGGAUGGUGCCUGGCUCACCCGAGGAUAUCCGCAUUCCUGUACCAAGCAUGCCCCCGAGUGGGACUUUAAGUCCAAUACCAGGCCUGUCCAGUCCGGUGGACGGACAGGCCACGCCGGUUUCCAUGGAGGGGCAGAGACCGCCGGAGAAAGUCAUUAAUAAGGCUGCGGAAAUGGUUGCGGAUAAGGUUGCGGAUGAAGACUGA